GCGUUUUUAUUAUUUCAUUCCGUGAUGCAAAGAACAACAACUUUUUCGAUGUCAAUUAACUGACAUCACUUUCAUUUUGAAUUAAUUAUUCCACGCCCCCCAACAAAGGUGUAGACUCAAGGAGAGGCAGUGCGGCGUCGGGGGAAUGUGUGUGUCCCGCUGCGACCGACCGUCGCUCACAAGCCAGGGGUCGGCGCCGGGAUGUGGUGUAAGUCUUUGAGGUGGGAAGUGACGCCGGAAAGUCCGGGCGAGCGAAAAGGGAACCGAGCAGAAGCUGACGCGCAGUAGGACCGGCAGCAGCGCAUUUUCUGCAACACGGAAAUGGAGCCCCUCCAAAGAGACGAUAAACCAAACCCUCUUGCAACGGCGAAUGUAUUCUCCAGCCUGUUUUUUUGUUGGCUCAAUCCACUGUUCCAAAUUGGUUAUAAAAGGAGACUAGAAGAAAAUGACCUGUACAAAGUUCUCCCAGAAGAUGGAUCUGAGAGAUUGGGAGAAGAACUGCAAAGGCACUGGGACAAAGAAGUCCAGAAGGCACGGAAGCAAGUUCGAAUUCCCCAUCUAACAAAAGCCAUUUUAAAAUGUUUCUGGAAAUCUUAUAUUGUUUUAGGUGCUUUUACAGUUUUAGAGGAAAUAAUAAGAGUUGUUCAGCCUAUUAUGUUGGGAAAAAUUAUUAAUUAUUUUGAAAAUUACAAUAUGGAUGAUACAGAGGCUUCUAAAAUUGCCUUUGGAUAUGCUGCUGGCCUAUCGCUUUGUACAUUGUUUUUGGCAGUUCUCCAUCACCUCUAUUUCUUUCAUGUACAAAGGAGCGGAAUGAAACUAAGAAUAGCAAUGUGCCAUAUGAUUUACAAAAAGGCACUGCGUCUCAAUAACAUUGCGCUGGCAAAAACAACCACAGGCCAGAUAGUGAACCUCUUAUCCAAUGAUGUAAACAAGUUCGAUCAGGCAACCAUAUUUCUACAUUUCCUAUGGGUUGGACCACUGCAAGUAAUUGCAGUGAUAGCACUGCUGUGGCAUGAAAUAGGACCAUCUUGCUUGGCUGGAAUAGCUGUUCUACUGAUCCUGAUGCCGGUGCAAACCAUCUUUGGGAAGUGGUUUUCAGUUCUGAGAAGCAAAACUGCAGUGCUGACAGAUAGCAGAAUUCGAACGAUGAAUGAGGUGAUAUCAGGAAUGCGAAUCAUCAAGAUGUAUGCAUGGGAAAAACCCUUUACAAGUUUGAUUACUCAAAUUAGAAAGAAGGAGAUUGCUAAGGUUCUACAAAGCUCUUACCUGCGUGCCUUGAACAUGGCCUCAUUCCUUAUAGCAAGCAAGAUGAUAUUAUUUUUUACAUUCCUGGUGUAUGUGCUACUUGGCAACACUAUCACAGCAAGCCGUGUGUUUGUCACAGUAUCACUGUAUGGUGCUGUGAGACUCACAGUCACCUUAUUCUUCCCAGCAGCUAUUCAAACUGUUUCUGAGGGAUUGAUCAGCAUAAGAAGGAUAAAGGAAUUUUUGAUCCUUGACGAAAUUAAAAAACCCAACGAAGGUGUGAAUAACAGUGAAAAUGUCUAUUCAGUUCACUUACAAGAUCUCACAUGCUAUUGGGAUAAGACAAUGGAAGCUCCAUCGCUGCAAAAUAUUAGUUUUUCUAUCAGACCAGGGGAACUUCUGGCUGUGAUUGGACCUGUGGGUGCUGGCAAAUCCUCUAUUCUUGCUGCAAUACUCGGAGAACUUUCAAAACAAAGUGGUAUCCUGGAUGUUAAAGGCAAAAUAGGUUAUUGUGCACAACAGCCAUGGGUAUUUCCUGGUACUGUUCGGACCAAUAUCCUAUUUGGCAAAGAAUACCAAAAAGCAAAAUAUGAAAAGGUCAUCACAGCUUGUGCCCUGAAGAAAGAUUUGGAGCUACUUCAGGAUGGUGACCUAACUCAGAUUGGAGACCGUGGAGUUACACUCAGUGGAGGACAGAAAGCCAGAGUGAAUUUGGCUAGAUCUGUGUAUCAAGAUGCCGAUAUCUACUUACUUGAUGAUCCUCUCAGUGCUGUCGAUGCUGAAGUUGGAAAACACCUAUUUGAACAGUGUAUAACAGGAGUUCUGAAAAAUAAACCUCGUAUUCUGGUAACCCACCAGCUUCAAUAUUUAAGUGCUGCUAGCCAAAUUAUCAUAUUAAAAGAGGGUCGAGUGGUUGAAAGGGGAAAAUUAAAUCAGCUAAAAAAAUCUGGAGUUGAUUUUGCUUAUCUACUAGAACAACAUGAAGAAGAUGAACAGACAGUUUCCCAUUCUACCACAAAAGUCAGAAAGGAACGUACGAUUUCUCAGAGCUCAGUUUUGUCAUUGGGAUCUUCAACACAAUCGCAUAAAGAGGGCUCAGUUGAACUACCAGGAGAGUCUGUACUCACAGCAGUACCGGAAGAGAGUCGAUCUGAAGGAUCAAUUGGUUUUAAAGUCUAUAAGAAGUAUUUUCUAGCUGGAGCUAAUUAUUUUAUCAUAUUGAUUGCCAUCGGUCUCAAUUUGUUGGCACAGGUUUCCUAUAUCCUUCAGGAUUGGUGGCUGUCACAUUGGGCUACAAACCAAGAAAAGUUGAAUACUACUCAAGGAGCUGGUCCAAAUAAUUCAACCCAGCAACUGGAUAUUAACUUCUAUUUAGGAACAUAUGCAGGUUUAACAAUAGCUGUGAUGCUCUUUGGAGUUGCCGGAAGUUUGCUCAUUUUCAAAAUAUUGGUUGAUGCAUCGCAGGAUUUGCAUAACAAAAUGUUUACAUCCAUUAUUAGAGCUCCAGUUUUAUUCUUCGACAGAAAUCCUGUAGGUCGGAUCCUGAAUCGUUUCUCCAAAGAUGUUGGCCACCUGGAUGACUUGUUGCCCUAUACUUUCAUGGACUUUUUGCAGACUCUUCUGCAGAUCUUGGGUGUGUUAGCCGUGGCAGUAUCUGUCAUUCCGUGGAUACUUAUUCCGAUCACUCCACUUGUUGUUGUAUUCUCUUUCCUUCGGCGCUAUUUCUUGGAAACAUCACGUGAUAUUAAACGCAUGGAAACAACUACCCGAAGUCCGGCCUUUUCCCACCUAUCUUCAUCCCUUCAAGGACUUUGGACAAUUCGUGCUACAAAAACAGAGCAACAGUUUCAGGCAAAAUUUGAUGAACAUCAAGAUCUUCAUUCAGAAACGUGGUUCCUUUUCCUGUCUACUUCACGGUGGCUUGCAGUUCGAUUGGAUGUUCUUUGUGCGGUUUUUGUCACAGCUGUUGCUUUUAGUUCCAUUAUAAUUGCAAACCAGCUAGAUGCAGGACAGGUUGGUUUAGCUCUGUCUUAUUCUAUCACACUGAUGGGCAUGUUCCAGUGGGGAGUUCGCCAAAGUGCUGAAGUUGAAAAUCUGAUGACAUCAGUGGAAAGAGUGCUAGACUACACCGAACUUGAAAGCGAGGCAGCAUGGGAAUCUUACAAACCCCCACCUAGUGACUGGCCAAACCAAGGCACUGUGACAUUUGAAGAUGUCAGCUUUGGCUACAGUCCUGAUUGUGAACCUGUUCUUAAGGAUCUGAAUCUAACAAUCACAUCAAAAGAAAAGGUUGGGCUCGUUGGAAGGACAGGUGCUGGAAAGAGUUCCCUAAUCUCAGCCUUGUUUCGUCUCGCAGAACCAGAGGGGAAAAUCAUCAUUGAUGACAUUGUGACCUCAGAACUAGGUUUACAUGAUCUGCGAAAUAGUAUGUCCAUCAUUCCUCAGGACCCUGUUUUAUUUACUGGUACUAUGAGGAAGAACCUGGAUCCCUUUGAUGAACAUGCUGAUGAAGCACUGUGGAAUGCAUUGGAAGAGGUGCAGCUAAAGGAAGUAGUUGAAGAAUUGCCAAAUAAAUUGAUGACAGAACUAGCUGAAGCUGGUUCCAAUUUCAGCGUUGGACAAAGACAACUAGUGUGUCUCGCCCGAGCAGUGCUUAGAGAAAGUAAAAUACUUAUCAUUGACGAAGCAACAGCAAAUGUGGAUCCACGAACGGAUAAGCUGAUUCAGAAGACAAUUCGGGAGAAGUUUGAGCAAUGCACAGUAUUGACAAUUGCACAUCGACUUAAUACCAUAAUCGACAGUGAUAGAAUUCUGGUACUGGAUCAAGGAAGAGUUGCAGAGUACAAGGAACCGUACGUUCUUCUUGAGAACAAAGAUAGUUUCUUCUACAAAAUGGUACAACACUUGGGCAAGACCGAAGCAAUCGCUCUGACUAAGAUAGCGAAAGAGGUGCACUUGAAAAGGAAGUCUUUAGAAGGAACACCAAGUGACCAAAUGGAAGCCAAUGGUUCAGCAGUUUUAAACUCCAAUAGUAUUGUCUUUGAGACUUCACUAUGAGCAGAGGAAAGAGAAAGUAGAGCACCUCUGUUCUAACAAUAAAGAAAAAUGCUCCAGAAAGGAUUGUUUUAAAUAAAUAAAUAUGAGUUGCGAAGUGGCAAAAUUUGCACCAAAAAAUUUCAUCUUUCUGUUCCUGGUCCAGAUUCUGUUACAGCUUACAGCAUUUAGCUCUAUAAAAUUUGAACUUGAGAUCAUACAGAAAAAGAUAUUUAUACUGCUGUCUAAACUCAACAUCUCCCUUCACAAAGAUAAUGUCAGAUAUUUCAAUUAUCAGGAAAAACCUAUGAAAAUUUGGGGAAGGAGACAAAUUUCACCUUUAAUAAUGUUACUUCUUUGUCAUGGCUUGUGUUUGUAUAGAAUAUGCAUGAGACUGCAAUCACUUUAGGUUGCCUCCAACUCCCUCCAAGUUAUUUUCAAUAGCUAUGCAAGAUCAGUGAACCCAUUCAUUGUAUCUUGCCCGGUCCAUUUUUUCCAAAGUUCUUGCAGACUAUGGAUAUUUUACUGUUAUUUCAACCUUUUGUCUGCUCUAGUUCAAAUGUUUUAUCAUGAAAUUUCAACACCCAAGUGCAUACUUUGUUCUUUAAUGGCAGUUUUUCCAGGGUAUUUAAUUGGCACAAGCAAUAAACUACUGCAUCACAGGUCUACAAUCACAGGUUUGAUUUUAUUUAGUUGGAUAUCAGAAAGUCCAGUAGUUGAAAGGAAACUUUAUACUGUAUCAUUUUUGAAAAUAUGUAAAUUUAAACUGAAUUUAGAACCACUGCAAUUUUUCAAUAUUGCUCUUGUAAACAAGACAGUUAAAUUGAUUUGUUUAGUCUUCAACAGGAGUGGCUUACUACAUUUUGAAAUACUUGAUGCCUUAGGAGUUAUAAUAAAAGUUACCAAAGCUGUACAAAUGGACUUUAUCUUCAAUGAAUUACAUUAGUACAUUUUAUUGUUCUCUAAUACAGUAGAAGCUAUUAGGUGUGAUUAUAAAAGGGACGAGGCAAAUCAAAACCUGC